UAACUCUGUUAGUUUGUGUUUAGUGUAGUACGGGUAACAUAUCGCUUAGACUGUGUUUUGAUAAUUGUAUUUUUAUUCGUUUUAUUAUUAUAUUAAUCUGCAUUAAAUAUACAUCCUAUUGAGCAAUAUAAUUGUGUCCGUCCGGUGAUAUUGUGAAGUGUGUGGUGCGCGAUGAUGCACCGUUCGAAGGGCGGGCACGGCCAGUGAAAGUGUUGGUGGUGUGUAGUGCUUGUGACCGUGAUAGAGGCGCGCGCCUGCGAGUGGGUGACAAUGGGCGUGGGUCUGCAGCCGCUCGAGUUCACCGAGUGCCUGGCGGAUAGCCCGCAGUUUCGGGACAACUUGCAGCGCCACGAGAAGGAGCUCGACCGUACCAGCCAUCAGAUCAAGAAGCUCAUCAAAGAAGUUAAAGAUGUCGUGCAGGCAGCCAAACGUUUGGGUGCGGCGCAGCUGGCGCUGGCGGCGAGUAUGGACGACUUCGAUUUCGAGUGCAUCGGCGCCUCCAUGACAGAGGACGAGCGGGUCAUCUCCACGUCGCUGCGGCACUUCGCGCACCUCAUACGCACCAUCGAGGACGAGAGGGACCGCAUGUUGGGGCGGGCGCACGACCAGAUCAUACAGCCGCUGGAGAGGUUCCGGAAGGAGCACAUCGGAGCAGUCAAGGAGGGCAAGAAAAAAUUUGACAAAAAAACGGCCAAGUUUUGCCAGAGCCAGGAGCGGACGCUGUCCCUCUCCACCAAGAAACAAGAGAAUGUCUUCCAAGAGGCGGAUGCGGCGAUGGACAUGGCGGAGCGCGACUUCUGCCGCGCCUCGCUCGAGUACGUGUUCCAGCUGCAGGCGGUGCAGGAGCGCAAGAAGUUCGAGCUGGUGGAGACGCUGCUCAGCUUCGUGUUUGGCUGGUGGACCUUCCACCACACGGCGCACGACGUGCACGCAGACGCAGAGCCGCGCGUCAGGGACCUGCAGCUGCGUAUACAACGGACGCGGAGCAACUUCGAGGAGACCAGCAAGCAGACCGAGUCGCUCAUGAAGAAGAUGAUGGAGGCGCGACAGAACAAGGAGGAGGAGGCGGGGGAGGAGGGCGGCGUGUCACGCGCCGGGUACGUGUUUCUCAUGGAGAAGAAGGCGUUCGGCACGACGUGGAGCAAGCAGUACUGCACGUACGAGAAGGAGUCGCAGCUGCUGACGCUGACGCCCUACAACCAGAUCAACGUGAAAACGGUACUGGCGCCCGUGCCCGUCCCCUUCAUCAACACCGUGGGCGCGGCGGAGUCGGUGGCGGUGGUGGGCGCGCGCGAGUGCGGCGACGGCGUCCUCGAGCGGCGCUUCUGCUGGGAGGCGCUGCCCGCCGACGCCGACCGGCCGCCGCUCGUGCUGCAGGCCGCCGGCGAGCGCGCGCGCGCCGCCUGGCUGCGGGCGCUGCGGGGGGCGCGGGGGGCGCGGGGCGCGGGGCCGGCCGCCGCGCCCGCGCCCCCCGCGCUCGACGCGGCCGGGUUCGCGUUCGCGCGCGCGCUGGUGGCGGCGGUGGAGGCGCGCGGGCUGGAGGAGCAGGGCCUGUACCGCGUGGCGGGGGUGGCGUCCCGCGCGGCCGCGCUCGCCGCCCGCGCGCCGCGCCCCCCGCCGCCGGCCGAGCUGCGCGACCCGCUGCGCUGGGAGACGCGCACGCUGACGUCGGCGCUGAAGGCGUUCCUGCGCGCGCUGCCGGAGCCGCUGCUGACGCGCGCGCUGCACGCGCGGUUCCUGGCGGCGGCCAAGUGCGAGCGCGCCGACCGCCCGCCCGCGCUGCGCCGCCUCGUGCGCGCGCUGCCGCAGCUCAACAGGGACAUGCUGCGGCUCGUGCUCGCGCACCUGCGCAACGUGGCCGCUAAGAGCGACAAGAACCUGAUGACGCACUCGAACCUGGCGGUGUGCUUCGGGCCCACGCUGCUGCGAGCCGAGCGGGAGACCGUCGCCUCCAUCCUGGAGCUCAAGUUCUACAACGUGCUGGUGGAAACGCUGCUCGACCACUUCGACCAGGUGUUCGACGACUCGGCCGACGACGGCGCGGACGCCCCCCCCGCCGCCGCCGCCGCCCCCGCAGACCUGGAGGCCGCGCCCCCGCCCCCGCCGCCGCCCGUGCACAAUGGCUUGUCCAGUGCGUCGCCAACAUCGAUACCCAUGUCAGCACACAACGACGUGGGCGUGGGUGUGACGGUGGGCGUGGUGGGCGGCUGCGAGCGUGUGGCGGUGCGCUACGCCCCGCACCAGCACCAGCUGCUGCAGCAGUUCACGCCCGCCCUCAGAACAGGUGUGGGCCGCUCCAGCAGCAGCUCGGCCGAGUCGGUGUCCAGCCACAGCGCGUCGCCCCCGCCCCCGUCCGGACAUGCGCCCCCGCCGCACUCCGGACACCCGCCGCACCCCGGACACGCGCCACACCCCGGACACGCGCCACACCCCGGACACCCGCCGCACCCCGGCUACCCGCCACACCCGGGACUCUCGUGCCACACCGCCAUGCUAGCCCAUUCGCCCCCCUAUAGGCAUUCGCGGGUGCGCACGCUGUACGCGUGCCUGGGCGAGUCGGAGGGCGAGCUGUCGUUCGAGCCGAACCAGAUCAUCACGAACGUGACGGCGUCCGUGGAGCCGGGCUGGCUGCGCGGCACGCUCAACGGGAAGACGGGCCUCGUGCCCGAGAACUACAUCGAGCCGCUGCCCUAGGGCUCCGCCGCCGCCCUCACCCACCACACCAAAUACACGCGUUCCCUUCUAGUAUUAUGUUGUUGAUUAUUUUGUACGUAUUUGUAUAUUUUGUACAUUGUAAAUAAGAGUUUGUUGAUAUUUAUAUUUAUAAUAUAUUUUAUGUUGUGAGUUUUGUACCAAAUAUAAUGUAUCGUCCGCAGUGGACGCUAGUUAUAAACACUAAUUUAAACGGAAUACUUCUAGUUUCAUUC